AUGCUUGGCACCGGCUUAUUGAAGUUGUCGCUCAGCUUGCACAUAACAGCGGAUAAAGAGCCUGAAAAGGAUAACCCGGGUUGGUUUUCCUGUUCGCUUGCUUUGACGGCGGACAUUAAGAUCAUCCCGGGUCGUCUCGUCGUUUCUGGCAUUGAGGGUACGUUUUGGCGACUUUGGCGACGUCCUUGGUGCUGGGAUGGUACUGGUACUGGCAUUUGCAUUGUUGGCUCCGCACUCGCUUACCAUCUUGGCCAAUCACCCACCCCUCGCAACAUCACCAUAAUUGACCGCUCCUUCAAGUCCCUUCUUGGCUCAACCGGAAUUGCCCCGGGUUUUGUUGGUCAAUUUAACGAAUCCGAUAUCCUUACCAAACUCGCCAUCGACACCGUUUCCGAGAUUGUCAAGAUCCCCGGCGGUUUCGACAGAGUCGGCGGACUGGAGAUUGCCUUCCAAGAUACGGGAAUCCAGCGGUUGAAGACUCGUUGUGAAGAUGCCAAGAAGUUGGGACUUCCAGCGGAGAUUCUCAGUAUCGAGCAGGCACAUGCCCUUGCACCUGAAUUGGUCAAUGCUUCGGGACCUGGAGCUGCGGUGUUCUUUUCUUCGGAUGGAACUGCCAAUGCCGUGAAGAUUGCUACGUGGUAUCAGGAAGAAGCAAGAAAGCGAGGUGUGAAUUUUGUGGAAGGCGAUGUCCAAAAGCUUGUCAUCACGCAAGGCCAUAUCACGGGUGUUCAUGCUCUUAUAAAUGGCGCUCCUCAAAAGCUCAACGCCCACAAGGUUAUCCUCACAACAGGACUUUGGGCCCAGGAACUCUCUUCAGAACUCAACUUCCCAGUUCCAGUCAUCCCAGUCGGCCAUCCCUACAUGCACGGCCAAACACACGAUCCACUCACCCACAAACUCCCCUUUGUUCGCUGGCCAGAACACCACGUCUACGCACGCGAUCACGGAUCAAACUUUGGAAUAGGCAGCUAUGAUCAUGAACCAACCAGCCACAAACCAUCGAACGGAACGGCCACAGGCGAAUGGAUGGAUGGAUUUAAACAGGCUCUCAAAUUCGCCACGGGCUUACUCCCACCCGGUGCGGCGCAAGAGUUCAGAGAAGGGAAGAGCUUCAACGGUGUAUUCUCUAUGACGCCUGACAACAUGCCUCUCGCUGGAAAGAUUGAUUCUGUUGAGGGUCUUUAUAUGGCUGUGGCCGUUUGGAUUACGCAUUCUGUCGGUGUUGCAAAGUUCUUGAUAAGUACCAUGGAUGGGGAGGAUGUGGAUGGUCAGACCCAAAGCGCUCUUGAUCCUGAAAGAUUUCUUGGGCAGGGAAUUGAGGAGUUGGAAGAGAAGUCUUUAUUGGGUUAUAACUCGAUUUAUAAAACUGUAAAAUCCAAGACUACUUAG